GGUCGAUCAAAUGUAGUUUAUUGCACGGACCGUCUUCAAGCAACCAAUUUCAAAGCCACAGAUAGAUCCGCUGCAUCCCAAUCUCGCUCUUUUUUUUUCUCACUCCACUUGGAUUUCUUCCUCUCUAUUCGUGUAAUUUUGACAAUGGCAACUCACGACAAGUACCAAUCCCCACUGACCUCGCGUUAUGCCUCCAAGGAGAUGGCCUACAACUUUUCUGAGGACAAGCGCUACUCGACCUGGCGCAAGCUCUGGCUCAACCUUGCCAUUGCCGAACAACGUCUCGGUUUGACCGAUAUUACCGACGAAGCUAUCGAGCAAAUGCGCGCCAACAUUGACAACAUUGACUAUGCUGUUGCUGCUGCUGAGGAAAAGAAGCGUCGCCACGACGUCAUGGCUCACGUUCACGCUUUCGGUCAGGUUGCUCCUGCUGCUGCUGGUAUCAUCCAUUUGGGUGCAACUUCUUGCUACGUUACUGACAACGGUGACUUGGUCAUUCUGCGCGACGCUUACGAUAUUGUCAUCAAGAAACUCGUCCACGUCAUCGAUAUCUUGACCCAAUUCGCAAAGACCUACCGCGACUUGCCUACGCUCGGCUUCACCCACUUCCAGCCCGCCCAGUUGGUCACUGUCGGCAAGCGUGCCACUCUGUGGAUCCAAGAGUUGCUGUGGGAUUUGCGCAAUUUCGAACGUGCACGCGACGAUUUGAAGCUCCGUGGUGUCAAGGGCACCACUGGUACCCAGGCCUCUUUCAUGGCUUUGUUCAACGGCGACCACGACAAGGUUGAGCAACUGGACCAACUGGUGACUGAAUUGUCCGGCUUCUCUGAAGCUUACCCCGUCUGUGGCCAAACUUAUGCUCGCAAGAUCGACAUUGAUGUAUUGAACCCCUUGUCCGGCUUUGGUGCCACUGCACACAAGAUGGCCACUGACAUCCGUCUGUUGGCCAACUUAAAGGAAAUUGAAGAGCCCUUUGAGAAGGACCAGAUUGGUAGCUCUGCCAUGGCCUAUAAGCGUAACCCCAUGCGCUCCGAACGUGUCUGCUCUUUGUCGCGCCACUUGAUGGUCUUGGUCAAUGAUGCUCUACAGACCUCUGCUGUUCAAUGGUUGGAACGUACUUUGGAUGAUAGUGCUAUCCGUCGUAUCUCCCUGCCUGAAGCGUUCUUGACCACCGAUAUCCUGUUGACCCUAUUGCAGAACAUUUCUGAAGGUAUGGUCGUCUACCCCAAGGUCAUUGAGCGCCGUAUCAACCAGGAAUUGCCUUUCAUGGCCACCGAAAACGUCAUCAUGGCCAUGGUCAAGAAGGGUGGCGAUCGUCAGGAGUGCCACGAAGAGAUCCGUGUAUUGUCGCACCAAGCUGCGCACGUUGUCAAGAUGGAGGGCGGCGAGAACGAUUUGAUCGAACGUAUCAAGAAGACCGACUACUUUAAGCCAAUCUGGGAUGAGCUUCCCAAGUUGUUGGAUCCUUCCACUUUCAUUGGUCGUGCACCCGAGCAAGUCGACAGCUUUGUCAUCAAGCACGUCGAACCUGCCUUGGCACCCUAUGCCGAUGUCCUCAAGGAGCGAACAAAGGCCGAAUUGUCCGUCUAAAGAAAAACACAAAGCGCAUACACAAACCAUAACCCCAUUUGAUUUUCGAUCAUUCCCGUAACCUCUUCAUCAAUUCGUUGUUUUUUCCA